GAAAAGCAAACAUUUUCUAGGGGCAUAACAACAACAUCUCACUUCAUGAAGGAACCAAUAGUGGUGCAACUGGAGAUCUGCAUGUUUUUUUGUGGACAUUUCCAGCCUUCAUGGCGAGUCCAAGACACGACCCUUGUGGGACGCCAAAGGUGUUUGGUGAAGAAAAGGAGCAUCGAUAGAUGGUUUUGUUCCACUUCUACAGCUAAACACAGAAUACUUUCUGGUUCGAACACAAAAGAAAACGUGUGUUAACAACCACAGAAAGAUGCGUUCAAGGAAAAUCUAAUCCAGGAUGCUGUUUACAUGGAGGCCUGGUGAUGCUUCGAGUCUAUAGUCUAAAACUUUCCACUAUGAUGAGAGUGCAGGCUGCACAUACGCAGAAGUUGGACUUCAGUCUGUGAGCUGAGUCUUUUCUGUGUGAAGAUGAGGGUGAACAUCUACAGCUGCCUGCUCGUCUUUGUUCUGGGCUGUAACAUCACUGCAGCAAUAAGACAUGAAAUAGUCCAGGAGAAGCAGUCAGUCCUUCUGCCUUGUCCUCACGCUGUGGAGGGUGAAGUGACGUGGAGCAGAGAGACGAACGGACACAGAGUUGAUAUUCUUACAGUUGAUGGUGACAGGGAGGAGAAACACAUUCCUGAUCCAGGCGGACGAUACAGUUCACUGGCUGAUCCUUUUAAAUCACUUUACAUUCGCAGAGUUAACAUGUCAGACUCUGGAACAUACUUCUGUAAUAACGCAGCAGCUGUGCAGCUGACGGUGAUCCCACCAGGUUUCAUAAUUUAUCUGCUCCAAACCAUCAGAACAAUCAUACGUAACGCGACAGAGAAGACAAAUGUCACUCUGAACUGUCCUCCUGAUGCUGGAGGAUCAGAUGCUCCAACAUGGAGCAAAGACGGGCGUGAAAUACAAAACCAACGGGUUCAUGUCUCGUCUGUGGACAAGACGUUGACUAUAACAUACGUGCUGCCUCGUGACUCUGGACUUUACUACUGUGAUGGAAAACCUGCUGUGUACCUGACUGUGAUCAAAGCUGAGACAUCUGACAGAGGAGAAAAGACAACAACAACGACCACGAAGCCGACUACGACCACGAAGCCGACUACGACUAUGAAGCCGACCACGAAGCCGACCACGAAGCCGACCACGAAGCCGACUACGACUACGAAGCCGACCACGAAGCCGACCACGAAGCCGACUACGACUACGAAGCUGACUACGACAAAACUAACGACUACAGCAUCACCAUUGUCCAGCACAGCUGCUCCUCACCUGUGGCAAACUGUCCGACUGGUGAUUGGAGGAGUCUAUCUAAUCAUCAUGAUCAGCAUCACUGCCACCGCCUGGACAGAAGCUCGACAGAAACAGAAGCGACGCGCGACACAAAGAGAAAAUAACUUCUGAUCCUCCGUCACACAGAAACAAGAGCUGUCUGAUGGACGGAGCUGCUGGACGUCCUGCACACCUCAACAGUCUCUGCUGGAGGUUUUCACUCUGCAUUUUAAAACCUCUGCUGAGGAGGACUGUGCUUUCAGUGGCCACAGCUUUAGAUUCAGCAUUAUAGAAUAAUAUAUGGUGUAUAUAGCCAAGGAACUUCAUACAUAUGGAUUGUGUUUAUAAAAGAUGUUGGUUUUAAAAAUGUUUUUGAGGCUUUAAUAAAACUCAUGACUAACUUUUCCCUUCAACAAUAGCAUCUAAAAAUGAGAAAACCUUUUCUUUCUUCUGUAUCAUAAAGAGACUUUGUUGUUUUAUUUCACUCUUUGAACUGUUUAUACUGUGUAUUGUUCCUUGUUUGCACAGACUUGUAUGAUUACUGUCCAGUUGUUUGUUUUCUUAGCAAAUGGCUCCAAGUGGCAGUUAAUAACCUAAAAAAAAUUGUUAAUCAAAUGAGGUUUAUAUUUGAUUUAUAAAUCAAUUCUCAGCACACUGCAGUUGUUUCUAAGUACAAAUCAGUGUCUACUCCUGCAGCAGACGACUGGUUCAAUGGAAAGACUUCUGGCUGAAAGGUUCAAGAGGAGAAUGAUCACCAGUAUUACACUGCAAGAAGGUUCAAAAGUCUUUUAUUCAACACAAAGAUGAAAGCACAAGUGUGUGUGUGUGUGUGUGUGUGUGUG